AUGCGAUUUUGCGUCUUCUUCGUUGGGCUCGGAGCGUUAAUCCGUCUUGUGCUCGCUCAGCAACUCACGAGCGUCAUAGUGGACGACCAGAGUCCGUUAAUCAACUAUGUUCCAAGCUCCAGCUGGACGGAGGUCGAGGGAUCGAAUUGGGAUAGUGGAAGCGGGCAUAUGGUCACAGAGGAUCCCGAUGCAUAUGCGGAAAUAUCUUACACUUUCGUGUCUUUCCACUGUCUAUCAGCAAAGUAUCCUUACGAGAUCAAGGUCGACCUUUCUGUCGAUGGCGUCCACGAUGCGACCGUGGACCUCCAAGAUUACAAUUCGACGGACGAUGGGUCAGGAGCUGGAACUAUCCCUUCCACUGUGGUCGCGUCAUACAACGGAACUACCAAUAGGGCCCAGACUAUUCGUGUUUCAAUGGCUUCUGAGGGAGGAUACGUGGUCGUAGACGCGUUUAUCUUCGACGUCGAAUUGAUAUCAACGAGUAUAUCAACAUCUCCAACGCCGACUUCCACUCUCGCAUCGACAACCAACACGACUACCCCGCAGUCAACCUCCUCAACCCCCUCAACUUCUUCCACAACCGCGCAGCAGGUAUCGACAGGCGACGACUCUGAGUCAGCGCAUCGACGCGCGAGGAAUCUCGCCAUCGCUCUAGGUGUUGUCUGCCCGAUCCUCGCCCUCCUCAUCCUCAUCCUUCUCUGGCGGCGUUUAGUCAAGAAAAGGCAAAGAAACUCUGGACCUCUGGUUCCGAACGCUAGCAUACCUGAUUAUCACGGCGAUGGACACGACGGGCGAUCACCUCCUGCGAUGACAGGCCGGGGCUUACUCAUCGACGAGAUCCCAAGCCGGUCUGGCCGGGUCCUCAACGAUUGCACCGAGCGCAUAUAA